CUUGGCCGCGUCUCUCUCCUCUCCCAAACCCUCCAGACUCCAGAGUCCAGAAGGCAACGCAAAAAUCUUUUUCCUGCAAAAGAAAAAAAGAAAAACUCGAGGAACAGAAGAUUCUCUCCCACUCCAACUACCUCGCCCAAGUAGAGGCUAGAGCAGCACUGCACCAUAAUCCUGCCUCGCUCAAACACCCUCCCCGACCCCGACCCAGCCGUCAAAAUCCAAUCUUUCUGCUCCCCUCCGCCGUUUUCCGCCACCUCCGCCCCCAAGAUCGGUCUUUUUUGUUUUCUUUUUCGGUCCGAGCGAUCAAACCCCACUGUAUCAACCCAAUCCAGUCCGUCCCUAGAGGCUGGAUUGGACCAUGGGGUUUCGAUCCGUCGGCGGGGUGCUGGGGUUACUGGUGUGGGCGGCGUUCCUGCUGGGCUGCUCCCACGCCAGGUUCGUGGUGGAGAAGAACAGCCUCAAGGUGACGGCGCCUGACGACCUCAAGGGCACCUACGAGUGCGCCAUUGGCAACUUCGGCGUGCCCCAGUACGGCGGCACCAUGGUCGGCUUCGUCGCCUACCCCAAGGCCAACAAGAAGGCCUGCAAAAGCUUCGACGAUUUCGACAUCUCAUACAAGGCCAAGCCCGGGGCUUUCCCCACUUUCCUACUGGUCGACAGGGGAGAUUGCUACUUCACAAAGAAGGCAUGGAAUGCACAGAAUGCAGGAGCUGCAGCAAUCCUUGUUGCUGAUGACAAGGAUGAACCCCUAAUUACAAUGGACACCCCUGAAGAGGGUGGAAGGGCAGAUCAUUUAGACAACAUCACUAUUCCUUCAGCACUGAUAACCAAGAGCUUUGGGGAUAGGCUCAAGAAAGCGAUUGAUAACGGUGACAUGGUUAAUGUGAACUUGGAUUGGAGGGAGGCCCUGCCCCAUCCCGAUGAGCGUGUUGAGUAUGAGUUUUGGACCAACAGCAAUGACGAAUGUGGUCCAAAGUGUGAUAGCCAGAUUGAUUUUGUCAAGACCUUCAAAGGGGCAGCACAGGUUCUUGAGAAGAAGGGUUACACGGAGUUCACUCCUCAUUACAUUACCUGGUACUGCCCAGAGGCCUUCAUUCUGAGCAAGCAGUGCAAAUCCCAGUGCAUCAAUCAUGGGAGAUACUGUGCCCCUGACCCAGAACAGGACUUUAGCAGAGGAUAUGAUGGGAAGGACGUGGUGGUCCAGAAUUUGCUCCAAGUUUGUGUGUUUAAGGUUGCUAAGGAGCACAAGAAGCCUUGGUUAUGGUGGGACUAUGUUACGGAUUUUGCAAUUCGGUGCCCAAUGAAAGAAAAGAAGUAUACCAAGGAGUGUGCUGAUGGAGUUAUCAAGUCAUUUGGUCUUGACCAUAAAGCAAUAGAUAAGUGUAUUGGUGAUCCAAAUGCUGAUGAAGAAAAUCCUGUUCUGAAAGCUGAACAGGAUGCACAAAUUGGCAAGGGCUCUCGUGGUGAUGUUACCAUCUUACCAACUCUAGUAAUCAACAAUAGACAAUACAGAGGGAAGCUUGACAAAGGACCAGUUCUUAAAGCACUUUGUGCUGGCUUUCGAGAAACUACUGAGCCAGCUGUAUGCUUGAGUGAAGAUAUACAAACAAAUGAGUGCCUGGAGAACAAUGGUGGCUGUUGGGAAGACAAGGCUGCUAAUAUCACUGCAUGCAAGGAUACUUUCCGUGGAAGAGUUUGUGAGUGUCCAGUUGUUAAAGGGGUAAAAUUUGUUGGCGAUGGCUACACCCAUUGUGAAGCUUCGGGAUCUGGACGUUGUGAGAUUAACAAUGGAGGAUGUUGGAAAGAGACUCGGAAUGGCCAUACUUACUCUGCCUGCACUGAUGAGGGCUGUAAAUGCCCAGUUGGUUUCAAGGGUGAUGGUACGCACAAAUGUGAAGAUAUUGAUGAAUGCAAGGAAAGGACUGCAUGCCAGUGCAAAGAAUGCAAAUGCAAGAACACAUGGGGAAGCUAUGAGUGCGGAUGCAGUGGAGGUUUGCUUUACAUGAAGGAACAUGAUACAUGCAUAAGCAACAAUGGAGCAACAGGGGUUGGCUGGAAUUUCUUGUGGGUCAUCUUCUUUGGCCUUGUGGCAGCAGGAAUUGCAGGAUAUGCUGUUUACAAGUACAGGAUCCGGAGCUACAUGGAUUCAGAGAUCCGUGCAAUCAUGGCCCAAUACAUGCCCCUGGACAAUCAAGGAGAUGUUCAGAGUCACUCUCACCAUAUAGAGAUGUGAAGAGCAACACAGCUGGCUUCCCCGUAAUAGGAUUAAGAGCGGAAACUGACCUUUGGGCUGCAUAUAUACACUUGCACUAUGUGACUAGAGUGUUGAUCAUGUGUAGCGUGCAACUCGAGAUCCUGUAAAUUUCUAGAUCGUUUUGUAUGACAGUAUGAGUUGGGUGUCUGGGUGACUUGUUUAGUAAUAAUUGCCAUCUCUUUUCUUCAGUACCAAUAAAGGAGAUGGGCAAACGGGCAUAGCUGGUGUUUACUGUUUAGUUGUGUUUGUGGUCAGUGUUCGAGGAUUUAAGUGCAAGUUGAGCACCUAACACACCACGUUGUUCGGUUCAUGAUGGCAUCCAUUGUUUGGUAACAUGGAGAUGGAACCGUUUUACUUGAGACUGGCGUCUACCAGAAAGAUGUAUUGCUCAUACCCAAAAAUAUCUAAGAGUCGGUGUUCUGAGAAA